GUGACCGAACUGCAAAAUUUUAAAAAAUUUAGUUAACUUCAUCAUUCACUUUUAAAAUGUUCAAUAUAUAUGGUAAAAUAAUGACGAAACUGUACUACCACUCGUUACCGCUAGAUGGCAGUUGCGUCGUCUUCAAAUUCCACAUGUUCCUAGGCGGUCGUUGAAAAAAUAAUGACAUAUUGCUCAGUCGCGUCUGGAAAUUGGGACAGAACUGUAUUUGUUCGCGAGAAAAACGCCGUAAGUGUAGUUUGUGUUAGUGGCGACAAAAACUUUUGACAUUUUUUGGCAAAAGUUUGGUGAAAUAAAGACAGGUACCAAAAAGUUUUUCGGGAGAAAAAUGAGCUCGAGAACGGCCAAAAUAUUGAAGCUUGCUAUUGCUACAGAUUUAAACGGGAACCAAAAAGACCCCAUUGAUAAUGACGAUACUGGAAGUGGCAGUUCUUUAACCGUAGGACUUGCGGAAUCAGGGCCGUUGGUUCCUCCUGUUUUGGAUACAGUUUUAAUUAAGAGCGGGGAUAAGGGUGAUCCUAAAAUUGACGUUGGUUCGACAAUAAAAUCAGUUUCUCCAGAACCAUUAAUUUCUGCAGAUUUGGUUACGGAAACGCAGCUAACCAAGCCAGACAAAUAUAUUGUUGAAAGCAGAAACUCAACCAGCAUAAAUUUAAGAAGAAUUCCUAGGUUGACCUAUAAUGACCCGGCUGAUGCAAGAGAGCAUAACGAUUUUUCUUCUGGUUCUAGUGACAAUUUUUCUCCAGGAAGUGAAGAUUUAUCAAGCGACUCGUCUGAGCAUAUGCCUGGUACUUCUAAUCAGAAUGCUGUUUUUCGCCAAAGAACGUUUAAUAGUUCAGAAACUACUGAAAAUAAUGGAAAACCCGCAUCUCCUAAAAAGGGCAAGAAAAGAAGCCGCAACCCUGAUAAUUGGAUAAGAGAAAAAGCUAAAAGGCUAAGAAAUUGUGGUCAAAGCUACACAUCAAAAUCGGAGAAAAUUAUUGGUGAAAAAAGAUGGGACCGCCGUGCAAAGAAAAAUGUAUUUUAUCAUGCUCAAAAAAAUUAAUGAGAAUUUUAGAAACGAAAUGUUUAAGGAAUACUGGGCAUUCUCUUCUCUACAAAGACAGCGCG